UUUUUUUUUUUUUUUUUUGUUUCUGUGCCUCUGCAUUGCAUUGCAUUUGGGGGGAAUGAUGAGGUCCUGGCGUCUGCUGGUCGUCGCUCUGACGGUCGCUGCGACUGUGACUACCGUGGUUCAGCAUUGCGACGCUGCUGCCGGCAUCCGCUUUGCCCACUUUGGCAUGGACGACGCCAACACGCCGCUGCCCAAAUUAUCGUUGCGCUCGGCCAACCUCGACGAGUUUAUCGCGUACAACAUCUCGUUCGGAACGGCAUACCCGAGCACUGGCUACAAUGAGCUUCCUGUGGGCGUGCAUGACAUGCGCCUCAUGAUUUGGAAUCAGGCCUCUGGGCAGGAUAUCGAGAUUGGCUCGACCUCCAUCACGGUCCAGGACCAAAACUCGUACACGAUCUUUUGCACUGGCAUUUACAAGUUCCUCAUGGCCCUCCCGGAUGCAAGCCCGUCUCUCACAGAGAUUACACACACUGCUUUCCUCUCUGCCGAUGCGGUCAAUGCGCAGCUGCUGCUGAACGGCGCAAUCCCGUACGUUCCGUCCACCGCGCACAUGUACAUGUCCUUCGGCUACUACCCGGCCGUCAGCGGCCAAUCAAAGUGGAUGUACAUGUCGUACUGGACCGACUACCCUUCAGGAGACUACAACACUGUCCCCGCAUGGAACGCGUCCGCCAUUCAUGUUGUCGGACCUCUGACCCCCGCCGUAUCUGGCGACCCGAACUCGCCCGACAAGUCUUUCGUCACGACUGCUCCGUUGGCCAGCAUCGCACAGCCCUCCAACUCUACCGCCUCCGAAUGUGUGCGCUCAUCGCAGUGUGGGUAUGCCUAUCUGCCCGAUUCGCGGCUAGCGACUCAGUCUCUUGACAGCGAGCAGUACUACGCCGAGGUGCUGUCCUUCAGCAAUGUCGACGUGACUCGGGACAAUGUCGCCAUUCGUGGAUUCGUCACCAAGUCGCAAUGCAUCCAGCUCAUCCCGGAUCACCGAACUCUCACAUCCGGCGGCCGCGCAGUCAUUCGGUUUGCGCACUUGGCGACGGAUCUGGGUCCAUUGUCCGUCUACUUGAACUCGGCGUCCGGCACGCCGUUGAUUGCGCGAGUCGAUCGUUUCCAAGUCUACGAGUCGUCCGCGAUCGUCGGCACCUACUCUGUGGUUGUGACGCGGUUCGGAUCGCUUCAGCCCCUGAACGUGACCGGCCGGAUUGAGCAUUCCUUCUUUUUCGGCGCCAACGGCGAGUACACCAUUUCGUUAUUCCGACCCAACCAGCACAGCCUUGAUUCUCGCAUUCUGACUGGCGUUCAAGGCACAAACGGUGCGGCCACGGCAUCCGUGAGCGUCUACUUGUUAGCUGCCAGUUUCGUUCUUGCGAUUCUUCCGUUCUGGUGAUUUUGUUGCAAUUUGUGUUUAGAGAUUGUUGUUUCCAUAGCUGAUGAUGAUGUUGUUAUUAUCUGGUGAUUUACUUUGUGUUUUUAUGGCUUUGUUAAGAAAAUGAAAUGAAAUGCUACGA